AUGGGAUCGCUUUUACAUUAUGAUUAUAGAAUAAUUGACUAAAAAGGCGUCGAAAUCUUUGACUUCUACCUCAAUAGUAUGGUUAAUCUUACAUCACCGACUAUUAUCCUUGCAUCUUAAUAAAUGCGUGAAGAUCUAUAUGACUAUCACGCAGAUCCAUUUCCAAGGUCGACACUUCUACAUAGAGAAUACAUCUACAGAAAAAGAGCGAUGUACAUGGAUGGAUAAUUCUUAAAUUUCUUCACAAUUGUCAUCAUUGAGAACUUUCAAGAAGAUGAGAAACCUAUCUUCAGAUAUAUGUCAUAUUGGGAAUUUGAAGAGCAUCCUGAUCUUGAUAGAGGAAUUUAAUAUCUCGGUGAAGAAGUAUCUAUCAAUGGCAAUUCAAGCAACAAUAAUAGUAUCUUCCUGACCUACCAGCAAAUUUUUGAUGGAAUAUAAAUGGUAAAUAAGCUUUGCAUCACCAAACUUGAUAUGAACUUUAUUUAUAAAAUGAGAGAAGCAAAUUUAACUACACUAUUCCUAAAUAUUGGAAAUUAUCCUUUUAGGACUAAGUAAAUUCUUAAUUUGACUUCGCCUUUUAACUUCGAUGACUUGAUUGAUUUCAAAGUUAUUGAUCGUCCAAGUUUCAUGAUAGGCAUGCUUUUUAAAAAUGCUGGAAUGCUAGCUUGCUUAUUCCCUAUCACAAUAUUGACUUAGUUUGAUAUAUUAUUCAACUGUGACCUUGAAUAAAUAACUGCAUAAUUUAUUGAGUUUGAAAAUGCGCUCUCUAUCUAUACCAAUCCUGAGGAUCAAUCCACUAUCUAUCUGAGUUUAGCUUAUCCACCUGGCGUAGUAGAAAUCGAUAAAUCUUAGAUUAUGAAUUUAAAUAUCAGAAAGGUUUACUAUUCAAGAAGCUAGGAUCCAUCUCACAUUGGAAGACCAAUUUUAGCCUCUAAUUCAAACUUCAUAGUUCAUCUUAUUGAGAAUAUAAUAACUGGUGUAUAGUUUAUGAGGGUCUACUGCAAAAAUUCAAGCUACUUUAAUAUAGUAAAGUAUGAUUAUGUCUUACCUAAGGCUAGUAAAACAAACUUCUAUGAGUUUCCAGAUUAUUAUCUUAAUGUACUCUGGUACAGAGAUGAAAAAUUUGUGAAUUCUACAGCAUUUUCUGAUGUAAAACUAUCAAUUGAUGCAAGAAACUUGACUUUAGUUAAAAAGUUUGACUAAUAGUCUUUCACUCUUCAACUAAGAGUUACUAAUCCUGAUGAGAUAUUUGUUGAUGCUUCAUUUCAGUUUAUGUUUGUCACUAAAGAAAAUGUCUAAAUUGCUUAAACUAUUUCAGCUAAAGAAUAUCAUUAAUCAAUAUUCUAUAAUUGUGGUGAUGACAGCUUUGAAUAUACUGUCACUGAGUACUUUAAUGGCCCAAAUUAUAUGCUACAAGUAGUGAAACCAUCUGGAAAUGAAUUACAAGACAUCAAUUCAGAAGAAUAAUGUGAAGAUGGAUUUUGCUAUUUUGAUUUUGUGAAUAAAGACUUUAAGGUGAAGUUUAACCAAUCUUUUGAUUUUACUCUUUGUCCAUACAAUUUCGUCUUUCCUUAUCAGAUAUAUGUUGAAUUCCUUAACUUUGGGCCAGAUUAUGAGCUUAGAUCAUUAUUUAUUAUAGCUAAAGUAACCAAUCAGAAUUGGUUGAGUGAUCAAUUUGAAGUCCAUUUCUUCACAGUCAGACAUUGUGUUUCAUGGGAGAAAUUUAGAAAAUUGGAUGAAGAAUUUGAUACUUUUAGCUACAUUUAAAACUUCCAAUAUGAUGGCAAUUUUAAAAAUGCCCAUAUAAUUACGAAUCUAAUGAAUGGAGCCUAGAUAUUUUAGGAAUUCACUAUUAUUUGGGAAACAUUUGAUUUAAAACUUAAUGUUGAGCAAGCGUUUGUUGUAGAGGAAACAAAUAUAAUUAGGCGUAUAAUGUGCGGGGACAAGGGGAUAUUCUUUGCCUUAUCGAUGGACAAUAAAAUCACAGUAUAUGAAAAAAUUACUGUUUAGCUUGGAGAUGGUAAUUAAUAGUUUCAAAUAAUUGACAUCAUGUGGUAGAAAUAUUUUGACACAAGUAUUGACAUCUUUACUUUUGACAUAUUUAAUUGUACAUACUUUAUACUAUACUACGGCAAUAAUGUAAUAGAAGUAUGGGACAUCGAAAUGAAGAUCUAUCUGGUCUAUAGGAUGCGUCUACCACUCUAUGAGUAUGGAGUUUUCGGAUUUGCGAGGGAUUAAAAUAGCGAGAGACUUUGGCGAACAUUUUAUGAUGGAUACAUAGGAAUAGUUUUGUUUGAUGAUUCAAUAAAACAGAGUCCAUACUAAAAUCAAGGUUUUGCUAUAACUUCUUUAACCAAAUCAAAUGAAACAAGCUUAGCUUUUGGAAAUGAUCCUGAAGUCUAUGAUAUACAAGAUAAAAUUUUAUUAGAAUCUUUGAUUUAGGGAUAAAACUUAAGCUUUACAUUUUCUUGCAGUUAUUUUUCACAAGAUGGGGAAAUUUAAGAUUGUACAGAGAGUGCAAUUGAUGAUGGCAGUCAAAUAUCUCCAUUCACCUUUUAUCUUGAAUUCGUAACUUACAAUCGAAAAGUAUCUCGGACAUUCGUCAUGGGAAGACUAAUAUUUAUUUUGGAUACCCAGUAAACUCUAACAGUGCUAAAAAUUCCAAAUACUGAUUCAGAUCUCUCUCUAUCAGACGGAUAUUCUCUAGAGAAAGUGAAAGAUUAUCAGGCAUAAGAAAUACUUUAAUGUAAUGUCAGCAACUAUCAAACCUACUAUCUCUUUUAUUAGAGUUUUGAUCCAAAUGAUAGAUACAGCGUAUAUUUCCUGGGUUACUAAUGCCUCUCUGAUUUUCCAAAUGUUCUUAAAUUAGCUAUGUUUAAAGUUUAUGAUGUUGCUACUCCGAAUAAAGACUAUGAAGUAUUAGUUCUGAAUGGUGGAUAAAAGAUACCAAAUGAAAUAAUAGAUUGUGCACAGCUGAAUUCAUCACUUAACAUACCAUUCUCAAGUGUUACAACUGCUAAAAUAGCAAUAACUAGCAGGAUUGAAGGAUCUUACUCUAACUUACUCUAAAUUUUCACAGUCAACGUUAACUUAUCUUAAAAGCAUCCAACCAUCAAAUAUAUUUAGACUAAUGAAUUUCAAUCUGUGGAGGUGAAUAAGAAUGUUUUUAAACCUGGAAAAAUUUAAGAAGUCCCGAUUUCAAAUUUCCUCAUAAUUGUAGAUGAGUUUUCUGGAUUCUUUAUCUUUGAUUUGCAAUAGGAAAUAAUCCUGAAAUACUUUGACAUUAAUGAUGAUAACUAUUUCAAAAAUUAGGAUAAUUUAUAACGAGGCCAACUUAGGGUAUUCUAGGCUGUUGGAGAUUUCCCGUAUACUAUACAUGUUAUAACUAACUAUGGCUUUUUCGUCUAUACUUUUAAUGUUAGUCUAUGUGACAGAGAUUAAGUUUUGGAUAAUUUUGAAACUUCUUUGAUUCCUGUACAGACUAGGAUAAUAAGGAACAAGUUUGAUUUUUUUGAUUAGGAUCUCGCUAUAAAUAAAUAUGGCUAUGCUUUCCUUGUAAAUAAACAAGGGGCUUUUGGAAAUUUCGAUGUUUAUGUUGGUGCAGUAUCAUUCUUUUCAGGAUUGAACUCUAAAAUGUUUAAAUUGACCUAUAUUACAUCCAAUUAGAAUUGCAAAUCGCUUAAUUAGGAACCCUACUUAGCAUCAAAUUCUGAGGACUAAUUGGUUGUUAGUUUCGUUUGCGAUUCCUAAAUAUUUGUGCUAAGAAUAUGCAUGAGACCUCAUAUUAACUUCAAAAUGGAGCAAUUCAAUGAUAAAGCAACUAGAUCUAUAUAAGUAUCAGAAAACAAAGUUAAACAUGAACUAGGAAUUACCAAUUUUAAUUAGUUCAAUAUAACUAUAAAUGGGAGCAACUAAUUUACUGAUGGAGAUAUUAACAAAGUAUCCUUGCUCUUGAAACUUGAAUACCAAUCAUAAUCUUAGCAUUUAAUAGAUUGGAUACUUAUUAUUUCAGCGAUCGGUCUUGCAAUCAUUGCUUUUGUUGUCAAUUAUAUCAUUCAAUUAAGAAUAAAAAGAAAACUUAAAAGAACUCACUGUGGGAAACCAAUAAAAAGAGAAAGCUCUGGAUAUAAUUCAAGCUAAAAAAGUUUGGGAUACCUGUAAUCUUCUCAAAGAUUCUCUGGAAAAUUAACAAUUGGGCUCGAUCUAUAAAAGUUAAAUCGUCUGGAUGAUAAUGCUGAGAGUAUAUUAUAAGAAGAUCGUAGUUCCCUUUUCUAAGCAUAUCCAUUUACGAAACUAGUUGGAGAUGAUUAAAUAGAGACUCUACAGAGUGAAGAUUAAAGGCUUUCAGAAGUCUAAAAGCGUAGAAGAUUCACUGAGCUUCAGCGAAAGUCGUAAUCUUUUAUUAAAAGAAAGUGA